AUGGCCACCUGCAAGCCCGUCUUCACUCCCGUUGACACGCGCUCCAAGCUGUCUGCCAGCGACGGCGUGCCUGUCCGCGACGCCUCCAAGUACCGCAGCCUUGUAGGCGCACUCCAAUACAUCACUCUGACGCGGCCGGACCUCGCCUACGCUUCAUCCAAGCGGCAGCCGACGGUGUCACCUUCGAGCGCGGAGGCCGAAUACCGUGAUGUUGCCAACGUGGUGGCAGAGUGCUGCUGGUUGCACCAGCUCCUUGGUGAACUGCGCGUGCCCCUGCCCACCGCCACAGUCACCUGCUGCGACAACAUCUCCGCGGUGUACAUGGUUGCCAAUCCAGUACAUCACCGCCGCACCAAGCACAACGAGCUCGACAUCCACUUCGUCCGCGAGAAAGUUGUGUUGGGACAGCUGCGUGUUCUUCAUGUCCCCACCGCACAACAAUUCGCCGACAUCAUGACAAAGGGGCUCCCGACUCCGGCAUUCCAGGAAUUCCGCUCCAGUGCGGCAGGCUUAGUCAGGGCAACAAUUCACCCCCUUAAGCUUGCUGCACCGUGCCGUGAUGAUACCAAGUUUCCCAUGAACCUGAUCCUUCCCAGCGCCUUGGUGAGAAUGUCAGCGAGCGGCGGCGGCAGCGGCGGCGGUGUGGAAGAGUUUAAAGAGGCGGAGGGGAAGGAGGAAAGAAGAUGGAAAGCGAGUCCGGGCCGCAACAAGGAGCUGGAGAAGGAGUUGAUGAUUAUUAAGGAGAAGGAGAAGGAGAAGCAACUCUCGAAGAAGCAGGAGCAGGAGACGGUGGUGGAUUCCGACGAGUCGGAGAAGAAGAAGCAGGAGAUCUCCCUGAUGGAGGAGAUCAUAUCCGUGGAGAGGGAGCGCAAAGACCUGCUUGCCUCACUUACUCCCACCUUUUCUCUCUGGAAAGAGAUUGAUUCUCAAACAACCUGGACCAUCGCCACAACUACUUUUUCUAGGGACAACAAUGAGAAUCCACUUGCAGACUACUUCAACCUCAUCCUCCAAGCUAUGGAGGACCUGGGUCAUCGGAUGCUUUCUACAUUGUAUUUUCUCAACAAAUCCGAUGACUCCGUCUGCUCCUACAAGGCCACCGAAUUGUGCAAUACAGCAACCAAACUGAAUAUGCACAUCAAGGGAUUCAGCCCGAAGCCGGAGCCGGAGCCAGAGCCAGAGGAGCAACCGGGGCAGAUCGAUUUGUCGAGUCUUUUCAGAAAAUAUUGUCGAUUUCCUGAUAAUUACAACAACACCUUGGCCCGGUUAGAUAUGGAGGAGCAUGAGGAGAACAAAUGUGAGGAUGUUCAUGUGAAGAAGACCAAGGAAGAGGAGGACAAGGAGAAGGACGUAUCCUCAAUGGAGUAUCUCAAGAAAAGGAUGGACAUCGAGCAACAAUUUUUAGCCCAGCAUCGAAAAUCCUGGGAAAAUGUGUGGGGCAGCUGGAUUGGACGGUGCGGUGGAUUUAUGGAUACAACCAUAUUGAGCCCUAUGCAAUUUACACAUCACAGACCUGGUAGCAUCCCUUCCCCUGCUGCCAUCACCGGCAGUACCUUGCAAAUCUAUUCAAUCAAGAUAAAGAGUAUAAAAGGCUUGAACUGGCCACUCAGAGUGUAUGGCGAGGUUGCUGCUCGAGACACUGUGGACCGCAACCGCAACAUUCUAUUCUCUCGGUCAAGGUUUGACUACCAAGAACUCAAUGGAGAAGAUGAUUGCUUAUGCUUGACUGGUCCGUCUCGUGCUAUUGUUGCCUUGGACCAUGUUGAGUUUGAAGUUGAUCUCCAAGUAGCCAAUGGAGCAGAGUCUCAAACAUUGAUGAGCUGUAGAGGUUGUUAUGGCGGUACAGAUGGUUUUCUCUCUUCCUUGGGCAGCGUAACUGAUGGUGAUGAUGGAUGUACCUUGUCGUUCUCCAACAAGAGCUGUAGAGUUGAGGUAACCCUUGACCAGAUUGAUAAAUCACUCCAGGCUACUAUCGUGGGCGUACGUGUUACCAAAGGGCGUUGGCCUUUUAAGCAUGGAUGCCGAGUUGUGUGUUCUUGGUCUCCUGCUGCGGCGACAGAUGUCAUUGGUAAGACUUGCAGGCGAGUUGUGCUUCUUGAUCACCGUGGUAAAGGAAUGCACAGAAGACCAGACAAGCACCUUCAUCUCUCAAGGAGAGUCGUUUCAGUGGAAUCACAUGGAACGCUGAGAGUGUCCAUAGAAGCAUAUGGAAAAUCUCGUCGUUAUAUUGCUCGAGAAGGUCACAUCAACUUCCCUGUUCAGCAGUGCCAAACAAGAACGAUUGAGUGUCAAGUUGGCGACUCCAAGGUGGAGGUUGCUCUAGGGUGGUCGUUGCUUGUGAAGGAAAAAGCGCUCUUGACGGUGAUGAGGCAGUCCGGGAUGGAGAUGGAGAUGGAGAUGGAGAUGGAUUCUGAUUCUGAUUCUGAUUCUGACUCUGGCUCCGCCUCUGGUUCCGGCCAUGAGAUGGACGAGAGGGAUUCCAGCAAGGAGCCGGUGGGGGAUGCCGGCGGCAAGGAGAUGGGGCAGAUGGCCAACGACUUGGUUGGUGUUCUUUCCGGCCACCUUGGGAUGCUUAAGAGGGAGAUCUCGUUCCUGAGGACAGAGGUCAAGUCCCGGGGAUUGGCUGGAAACAGGGCUUGUCAAGACCAGAUCAUGUCUAACCUAGGGCCCCUCGAUGAAAAUCUUCUCAAGAAGGUGAAUUUGCCUUACCUAGGUUCCAACACUGAGGAGGUGAUGGAUUUUCUGCUGGUCGAGACGCAGCAGUUGCUCUACCGCUUCAACUCUCUCGCAUCCAUUCUACAAAAACUCAGAAUCCCCAUAUCUUCCGACAAGAUUGAUAAGCUGCGUCUCAUAUCCAAUGCACUUGUGGGCAUCUCGGAGCUUAUCAAGAGGCACAAAUCUGCUGCUUUGCAAGAUGGUGAAGAUCGUUUGGACUGUGCCGGCUGGGAGGCUACAUGGGGAAGCUCGACAGGAAGACAUGGUUGCUUUGACGACAUAAGUAAGCAAAAAUAA